UGACCAGUCUCAUUCAUGGAGUAUGUCUUGUUUUCUGCAGCUCUCAGUAUGGAGAACUGGGAUAGCGAGGUUGCUGCGCCUGUGGCUGCUGUAGCAGAAGCUCCGGAGAUCAAGCUCUUCGGUCGCUGGUCAUCAGAAGAUGUCCAAGUUAGUGACAUCAGCUUGACAGAUUACAUCGCUGUCAAGGAGAAGUAUGCCAAGUUUGUGCCCCACUCUGGUGGCCGUUACCAGGUGAAGAGGUUCAGGAAGGCACAGUGCCCCAUCGUGGAACGCCUGACCUGCUCUCUCAUGAUGCACGGACGUAACAAUGGCAAAAAACUCUUGGCCAUGCGCAUAGUGAAACACGCAUUUGAGAUCAUCUAUUUACUCACUGGAGAGAACCCACUCCAAGUUGUGGUAAACGCCAUCAUCAACAGUGGCCCCAGGGAGGACUCCACACGUAUUGGACGUGCUGGUACUGUAAGGCGUCAGGCCGUUGAUGUCUCCCCACUGAGGCGUGUCAACCAAGCCAUCUGGCUGUUGUGUACGGGGGCACGUGAAGCCGCAUUCCGUAACAUUAAGACUAUUGCUGAGUGCUUAGCUGAUGAAUUGAUUAAUGCAGCAAAGGGGUCCUCCAACUCUUAUGCUAUCAAGAAGAAGGAUGAACUGGAAAGAGUUGCCAAGUCAAACAGAUAAAAACGUUUCACUGUCAUCCUACCUGCGGGAAAGAUCAGCAGGGAACAUUCUACACAGAAUUACUGUAAUGUUAUAAUACAGAUACAGGAUAGAAGAUUCACGUACAUGAAAAAAUGGAUCUUGAGGGAUAUUGAAAGACAUUACUUUCUGUAAAAAUAUUGAAAAGAAGAAAAAUAAAUAAGUUGAAUGGA